AUGUUGGAAUUAAAUAAGGUGGCACUCCUGCUGUCUGUCCUGGCUUCAGCUGCUUUGGGCCAAGGACCUGUGAGGACCAGGAGCCAGUCAGACCGGAGCAGGAGAGUGGCCCUCAACACCUUCCCUGACACACAGACUACAGGCGUGACAGAGUGGACGUCUUGGUUCAACAUCGACCAUCCUGGAGGAAAUGGAGACUAUGAGCGCCUGGAGGCGAUCCGUUUCUAUUACAGGGAGAGGGUUUGUGCUCGGCCCAUGGCCAUGGAGGCUCGCACUACGGACUGGGUAGAAGCGACAGAAACCGGGGAAGUGAUCCACUCCAGUCUGGAGAAGGGCUUCUGGUGCAUCAACAGGGAACAGCCUCAGGGCCGCGUCUGCUCCAACUACCAUGUCCGCUUUCAGUGUCCCCCAGUGCAGAGCUACUGGACUGACUGGAGUGAGUGGGGUCCCUGUUCAACAAUGGUUUGUGACGACGUAGGCAUCCAGGUCCGCAAGAGGAAAUGUGUGAACACCCAGCCCAUGCCUCUCCUUUUGGUGCCAGCGUGCCAGGGGCACCAUUCAGAAAGGAGGGAGUGCUCCAACCCUCCAUGUACAGCCAAGUGGGGUCCGUGGGGUCGGUGGGGGGUGUGUUCAGCGACCUGUGGUGGAGGUCGCAGGAUUAGGAGAAGGACCUGUGCGAGGACCUCAGAGACAGUUCAGUGUUCUGGACGGCCUGCUGAAAUACAGAAGUGUGGGAGGAGUCCAUGCCCAGCCAAAUGUCAGCUCCAGUGCACCGAGGGCAGCCCCAGUGAGGACUGCAGCCGGUGUACGUGUGAUAACCACGUGCUGCAAGGAGAAGUCCACAGUGUGACUGGUGUCCCUGUGGCAGAAGCCUUGGUGGCAUUGGCCAACCAGCCCAAGGUGACCCGUGCCCGUACAGAUGCCAAAGGUCAGUUCAGGUUCACAGGAAUCUGCUCCUCCAGCUCCACCUUGAUCUCCAUCAGGAAGGAUAAGUUUGCUCCGAUCACCGUCUCCACCUCCAGUAACACCACAGGGUUGUCCUUGGUACGAGCUGUCCUCAAAUCAGUCGAAAAGCCAUACAUUGUAAAGCACCCGGAGGACAAAGUGCGCUAUGAGGGAGGACGUGUGAUGUUGUGCUGCAAGGCAACGGGAUCGCCAGCACCUGACAAAUACUACUGGUACCACAAUGGGACUCUGCUGGACAGGAAGGUGUACAAGUAUGAAGAGGACCUUGUACUGUGGGACCUGAAGAUAGAGCAGUCAGGGCUGUACCAAUGCAAGACCAGUAGCUCUGCAGGCAGCAUCAAGUCCUCUACAGCCCACCUCACUGUGAUGGAAAAGGGAAAGCCAGCAUGCAAUUCCACCCCUGAGACGCACCUCAUCAGACUGCCGAUGGACUGUGUUCAACCUGGGUCUGAUUCCAUGCACUACAAUGCUGGUCGCUGCCCUCACAACAAAUGUGCGGGCUCCCUAGACUUUGAUAUGCGCUGCAGAGAUGGCACUGGGUUCUGCUGCGGGGUCCAAGAAAUGGAAAGUCGAAUCAUCGACUGCGGGAGCUACAGCCUCCCUGUCCGGGCUGUGACACAGUGCAGCUGCCAGAAGUGUUUGCAGCCAACUGUGCUGGUCCGUGGCAGAGUGGUCACAGCUGACAAUGAUGAGCCUCUGCGUUUUGGGCACAUCUUCAUUGGUAAAGAGAGGAUGGGCACCACUGGAUACCAAGGAGGUUUCACAUUGCAAAUUACCCCUGAUACAGAGAGAUUAGUGGUACAUUUUGUUGACCCUACUGAGAAGUUUCUUGACACUCCCAAGGUCUUCAUCCUUGAUAAGAAAGGUGGGUCCAUCUACCAUAAUGUGAAAGUGAUGAGAAAGAAGGCACCAAUUGAUAUAAAUGCAGGAGAGACCAACUCUAUUAGCCUAGGGGAAAUUAAAGGGGAAGACCCCAUUGGUCAGUUAGUUAUUCCUCCCAACUCCUUCCACAAGGACAAUGGAGAACUCUAUGAGGGAACUGUGAAAGCCAGCGUCACAUUCAUUGACCCAAGAAAUAUUACUACGGCGGCCGCAGCCCCUGGCGAUCUCAAUUUUGUGGACGAUGAGGGUGACAUGCUCCCUUUGAGAACGUAUGGCAUGUUCUCUGUGGACUUCAGAGAUGAGACCAACAAGGAGGUACUUGGAGCUGGAGCUGUUCAAGUUCUUCUCGAUACACAGCAUGUCAAAAUGCAAGAGCACAUUCCCAAAAUGAAACUGUGGUCUUUAAACCCAGACACAGGAGUCUGGGAAGAGGAGAGUGACUUCUCUUACACCACAACAACUGCUGGUGGACAUGGGCGGAGCAAACGAGAGGAGCGCACAUUCCUCAUAGGCAACAUGGAGAUCAGAGAACGUAGGCUCUUCAAUUUAGACGUUCCUGAAAACAGACGAUGCUACGUCAAAGUCCGUGCCUACAUGAGUGACAAGUUCUUACAUAGUGAACAGCUGGAGGGUGUUGUGAUCACCUUGAUAAAUUUGGAACCAAAACCUGGAUACUCCUCUAAUCCUAGGGCAUGGGGCCGCUUUGACAGCGUCAUAACUGGAUCCAACGGGGCCUGUUUACCAGCUUUCUGUGAUGCCCAAAGGGCCGAUGCAUACACAGCUUAUGUCACAGCAAUGAUGGGUGGUGAAGAAUUGGAGGCAGCUCCUUCCUCCCCCAAGAUGAAUCCAAACAUCAUUGGAGUGUCUCAGCCAUAUCUGGACAAAAUAAACUACCAGCGCUCAGAUCAUGAGGAUCCAGCUUUAAAGAAAACUGCCUUCAAAAUCAAUUUGGCAAAGCCUAACCAAAAUAACUUUGAUGAGACCAAUGGGCCAAUAUAUCCAUAUCAAAAUUUAUUAGGUUGUGAAAAUGCCCCUUUUGAUGCAAAUCAUUUCAGAUUCUUCAGAGUGGAAAAGGAUAAGUAUGAAUACAAUGUUGUUCCCUUUGAGGAGAAUGAUUUGACGACCUGGACAGGAGACUACCUCUCCUGGUGGCCUAAUCCUCAAGAGUUCAGAGCAUGCUUCAUUAAGGUCAAGAUCCAUGGACAGAAGGAAGUGAUGGUCAGGUCGAAGAAUUUGGGAGGAACACACCGAGAAACGAAAGGCAAACUCUAUGGUAUAAGAGACAUUCGCAGCACCCGGGACAUGCGAGAGGCCAACAUCUCUGCAGCCUGUUUAGAGUUCAAAUGCAGCGGCAUGUUGUUUGAUCAAGCUGAGGUGGACAGAUCCAUCAUAGCAGUGCUUCCACAGGGGAACUGUCGCAGGACUGUGACCAACAGCCUCCUACAAGAGUAUCUCAUCAAACAUCCACCAGUCGCUCAAAACAACGAGUCCCAUGGAUUCACCAUGCUAGCCCCUGUUGAUCCUUUGGGACACAACUAUGGUAUCUACACAGUCACAGACCAGAACCCCAGGGUGGCCAAGGAGAUUGCUAUAGGUCGCUGCUUUGAUGGCACCUCAGAUGGUUUCUCCAGGGAGAUGAAGUCAGACUCUGGAGUGGCGUUGACCUUCAGCUGUCCAGAGAGGAAAAUUAACAGAGAAAGUCUUUUCCAACGUCUGCAGACCAACCCGGGUCAGACUCUGUCUCAGAUGGCGAGGGACAUGAGGGAGUCAGAGGGUCAGCAGGUACAGAGAUUAUCCAGCCAGAUAGUAGCCUAUCCAUCACAGCAGCAGGGCAGGGCCCAGAGUCGCAGAGUCAGCUCUACAACCAGAAGGAGAGUCUCCAUGCGCACGCAGCAACGCCAAUAGAUGUUUGAAGGUCUUCUGUCAAGACUGAAAUGAUGACAUUAAAUCGAGGAAGUAAAAGUUGCCAGUCUGUUGAUGAGUAUGAACUCCUUCAUGAAUAUGGAGACCACAAAACCGAGGCAGACAGCAAUUCAGAAAAUCAAUGAGAGUGAUUGAAGAUAUUCUGUACACUUACUAGUAUACUUACUUGAAGGGUUUGGUAUAUUCUUCCUUCCCUCCUAAAAGCCAUGCAUCAUUUGACUAUGUGUAACGCGGUGACUGGCAUUUUCUUAAUUAGCUUUGGUCUGAUUUUAUGUAUGAAUAGACUAAAUUGACGUUUGACAAUGUAACUUUUAUAGUUUUAAUUUGUAGCAUUCCACUUUCUCCAACGGUGUUUUGAUUUUAUUUUUGCUGACGUCUCUCAACUCUUGAGUUGAAAUUGAACCAUCAAAAACUGUAAAUACUACAUAAGGCCCCAAAAACUUCAUAAUUGGCCAUUGCUUUCCACUGAACUUGAGGCCCUUGUUGUCUGCGGCAGACACUGAGUACGUUUUCUACAAACUGGGAAGGUUUCUCCACCAAGGGGAAGGCAAAACACACAUACAGCGGGGUGAGGCAUGCCACCCAGGUAACAGAGGAUGUUUUCAGUCAUGCUUCUUAAUGUUUUUCAUUAGCAUGCCACAUUGCCAAAUGCGAUUCAGCCAAACGUCCUUUCACACCUACUUAGAAUGUGCAAGACCAAGGCCUCUGCCAAGACGAGCAUGGAUCUCACUACUGGCAGGCAGUCUAAAAAGAGAAUAGUUGAUUUAGAAGUAUAGCAUCAUUUCCUUUUGUCCUAUGCACAUUCCAAAUCAGCGUCACCAAAGAAAAUGUUACUUAAAUAUACAAAUAUUCUCAAAUAUCCCAGUUUUUCAGAAACCAUUACAGACUCAUUCAGGGUCCAAAUGGACUUUUUAAAAAUGUGUUGUUGUCGGGUAAUGUGCUUGUGAGCUGCCUUUGUAUCUUGAAGUGCAAUAAAUAUAUAAUUUAACUUAAGAAUUCUUAAAGAUCAGCAUGUUACAAACUAUUACAGUACAUACAAAGUGCAGGUGAAUGAAGCAAUAACUUCUUCAGUAAGUGGGGCAGAAAGUGUGGUUAAGGUGUGUGUAGGAGAUCUUGCACAGGACUUAUUUGAAGCAAAUAAUUGAACAGCUAUGUAAUCAUUCUUUGACUCUUUGAACUGCGUAGAUUCUAUUAACCUUUUCAUACUUUGCUGCAUGACUCAGUUGAUUUUACACUUUGUACACCACAGUAAUCUUUUCGACUUCAGAGAGCAAUCUUGUUAGAGGGAGUUAAAACUCUCAGUGGAGCCUUCUCUUCAUUAACAAAACCCACCGCAUGAUUCUUACACUAGAGUGAUAAUGAAAAAGGGACCCACUAAAACAUUACUGGCCACGUUUUCUUAAAUCCUGUCACUAUGAUACUAUAAGUACAUUUAAAGUAUAUACAUCUUGAUAAGAUAGAAACUGAGACAGACAAUUAGACUUAGAUAACAAAUAUAAGGCUAUUUUUAUUGAGGUUGGUGAUAGGAAGAACCUUGUCUCUGCGAUAAAAGCGCCAAACUUGUUUAUCUGCAAAAUAGGCACUCAGCUCCUCAAACUAAACUAAUCCAAAAUCAUAUGAGGGGGUCCGUGGUCCUUGGAGAAGCCAGGAGAGGCUGACAAGUGAAUAUAAGCCUGCUGUUAAUUAGAAAAUAAAUUACAUAUUCUCUUGAGAACUAUUAAAACAGAUUGACCCUGACUUUCACAAACAGCCACACAAGUUAAUUUCCAAUAUACGCAGGAUGAAGUUAAGUCAUCAACAAUAUACUGAGCCCAAGAGGACUAUGCUCAAACCAUUCAAAUGGGACCCAGACCACUGUACGGGUAACUAGGCCUGAUUACGUUUGUAUUCCUAAUGUGGAAUAGACCUGUUGUUGGUUUGCAAAGAAGGUGCCAAUGGGAAGUUACACUGUAUGUGUAAAACCAUACAGGAUAUUGUAACCCUUCACUUGUACUUGGCCCCAAGUCGAAAAAAACAAAAGAUGACCUAUGAGCAGAACACUCCAGAAAAACACUCCAUAACAGUAGUCUAGGGUGAAAGUACCUUUGCCACUAUCACUGACCUCUCUAAUCACAGGCCUGUGUGCUGUCCACAACUCAACCAUUCAGAUCUCCAGAUGAAAACAAACAUCUCCCUGCAGCAGACGUAGCGUCUACCCUGUAAAAAACAAAAGAUGAUUGAAUCCAGGUGUGAGAAGAGAUAAGUCCUAUAAAAAUGCAAUGGUUGUGUGAGGUCAGCUGAGGAGGCCCAACAGCUGUAUAACAACUGGAGGAAAUGUUAGACCAGAGACUUCAAGAGAAAUAACAUCGAGAUUAUCUAGUGAUGGAUUUAAUCAUUUUUGUUCACUGUUUUGUAAAGGGAAAAAAGGAAGGGAAAAUAUUAGUGGUCUUUGGCCUCACAGCCCAUCUCACUUGAAGAUUAUCAGGCUUCAAAAGUGGUUGCACAUGGAAGAAUGCAGGUUUUGUGUGGAAAAAUGCUUUGACGGGAGAACUGUCUUAUUCAUGAGAAGUUAUCAGGGGAAUUUGAAGGACAAGGCAACAAAUAAUAGGCUGAGUAAGCCAUUAUGUAAGGCUUUGCAUGGGAAAGUAAACUGGGCUCUCUAAACAGUGACUUUGUCUUCAGGGGAACUUCAAAGGAGAUUAAAGAACCUCGGCAAUGUUUGGUUUAAUGACUUAGGAAAAAGUUUUCCAAAGUCUUUAGAAUCAAACAGAGAGUUAGAGCCUGAAUCCAAGAGAUAACACACACUGCACGGAAAUAAAAUGUCUAUCUCAUUGAAUUGGCAGUAGAGGUAGAAACAGUUUAAUUUUACAGUCCUUCAAUGAUAACAUCAUGAAUAUGGCUUAAUGGUGCUUCAUAUAUUUUCAUUCACACCUUUAAAUAUUAUAUAUAACAUAUGACUAUGUUCCACAUUUUGGAAAAUAGGCUUAUUCACAGAAGAGGAGAUAAACAGCACUCUCACUUCUGUCUGUUUAAUAUACGAGGCUAUAGCCAGUAGCCUGUUAGCUUAGCUUAGCAUAUAGACUGGAAACAGGGGACACAUUAUGUUUGCACAGAUAAAACAAACUACAUACAGUAUAGCAUGUUCAUUAGUGAGCUUUAAAAGGUCUGGUACAUUAAAUGUUAUAUUUGGAAAAAGCCAGGCUAGCUCUUUUAGCUGUCUUUAUGUUAAGCUAAGCUAAGCUUCUGCCUGUAGCUUCAUAUUUACUGUACAGACAUGAAAGUGAUGACAAUCUUCUCAUCUAUCUCGACAAAAAAUAAGUGCAUUUCCCAAAAUGUCAUUGUCACAUUGUUAAGAUGUCAAACUAUUCCUUUAAUACAUAAUAUAGUUACAGAUGUAGCCGUACUGAAGUCUUACAUAAUUGGCAAUUGGGCAUUUUCAUUCCCUUAAGACUUACUGGCUAAACUUGGGUUGUUUUUGUAAUAAUUGAAAAAGGAAUCUGUGAAGUUUCUUUUUGAAAUACUUCAACAAGAUUGUGUCUCUUUGUCACAUAAUUGCAGUGGGUGCAUGUAAAGCUAAGCAGCACUAUUACACUUUUGGGCAGAAAAGAUUCAAUCCACCAGAAACCACCAAUAAUUUAUCCGUGAUUUAAGCAUGAACAGAUUCAUCCAUCUCCUCUUCUGUACAGUCCAACUGGUCUAAAGGAGUUCAUAAUUUAUUCAGGAAGUCCAUCCGUAAACCUUUCCACCACUUUCUGGAGUUUGUGAAGAGAGUUGUAUAUUUGCCACUGUGCUCCAGGAAGCCUUCCUGAGCUUGAGUAAAAAUAAUUACAUAAAUGCACUCCUGAUAAUUCUCUGUAAACGCUUAACUAUUGCAUGGUGAUGCCAAUCUCGUUUUUCUCUGAAUUAAGUUUUCAUGUGUAAAUUGUGUAUUGUAUGAAAUCUACUAUUAUUGUAUGAACUGUAAAUAAAUAAUUGUGUAAACUUC